AUGGCCUCCUCUUGCAGCACCUCUUUAUUAGCCCCUUCAUUUCCUAUGAAAAUCGUUCCAUACGUUCCUCGGGCGCCCAAGCCCAAGCCAAAAUCCAAGGUCAAAUCAACGGCUACAACCAAGACGGCAGAGCACAGCCGUUCAGGAGUUGGCUCCUUUGAAGAUGAUGGAGAAUGGUUCCAUAUCGACGAUUUCCCAAGGCCGAACUCAGAUGCAUCGCGCUCGCUCGACCCGGCAGUACCUGCUCUGCUCGGAGCUGCAGAUGCUUCUGACGUGGUCGGUGGUCUCAGUGGCGCCUCUGAAUUAGAGAAGCCUGAGCAUUACCAGUCUGGCCGGGAAUCGCUUAAUAGAGGGACGGACUACGCUACAAGCGUUGAGAAGGUGAAUUUGGCUGUGAACGGUUUUUUUGACGGAAGCAGUCGAAAGCACCACAGCACGCAAGUCAAACUUAGCCACGGUUACCACGCGGCUGCUAGCACCGAAGGAUACCGUGCUGGAGAGCAUGGCGACGCAACUAGCAUGCGCGCCCUCUCCGUGGGGGAUAUGGAGGGUAUUCGUCAUGAGCCAUCGCUGGCAGAGGACGAAUCCCCUUUUGGCGACGUCGACAUGACGAGCAGAUCGCCGUUAACAUGCAAACGAACGCACCGUUUAUCUGUUGACACGAUAAUCUCCUCGGCGGAAGUGCCGGACUUUACGUCAGAACCGGAGCUGGAAGACUCUCGUUUGGCAAAGCGGCAAAGGUCUGAGCUACAGGCAGAGAGCCUUAUGCUCGAUCAUGUGCCUAAACCUAGGCCAACGCACCUGCCGACUCCCAACAGCCUAAAUUGCCGUUCCAGAGCUAGCAAUGAGCCUAGUCCUGGCCCUCUUGACAGCGACGGCCAAGGCGGUGGUGCCGGAAGACUAGUCCCGCACCCAAACAACCUUGAUGGAGACACUGGCGACGAUGGCGCACAUGCUCGGGGGACAGUCGAGGAGCUGCUCCAUUCCUCUCCCUUCGAAGGAGUAGAGAGUGAUCAAGACAUCGAUCUAGGUUUAGAGAGGCGUGAAAAGAAUAGAAAAGGCAGUGAUGAUGAAGCUGGGGAAAGCCACGAGGACGAACUCGGCCAGGUCGAUAGGUGUCCAGUAGACUUUCGAACGGAUAGCACGACUUGGUCUUGCUCCCCACGAACAUCCCCUCCAGGAACGAAGGCUGGAGGUGGAGGCCAUGGACCCAACGCCAACAUGGUAUAUCAGAUAACCGAUCUCACGCAUUAUUAUGUGCCAGAGGCUUGUCGACUGCGACAGCGACUGUGCGUUGCACCCAGUAUCACAAGCUCCUCAGUGGUAAAGGCAAAGUCAUCCGCAUGGCACAGCGAUCGCCGGAUUCAUGGAUGCUACUGGGGUACCGAUAUGGCGAUGGUGCGUCAGGCGUAUGUACCCGCGAAAGCCCGACGCUGCUCAAUGCAAGCAGUCCCCUCAGUAAUGCUGCCAGUCAUGGCACCGACUGCCCAGACGGCAGGGACUAAGAGUACGAGGAUGGAGAGGAAGGCCCAGGCGAAUACAGAUCUCAUGCUGCUAGUAGUGGCCAGCGACUCGGCAGAGACGAUAUGCGCUUCCGCAAACGAACGCAUGUACCGUGGUUGGAGUCGGACGAACUGCGGUUACUCGCGUACAAGGACAUGGAUAUGAAGUGGAAGGAUA